GGCAGGCAGUGGUGUGCUGCUGCUGCUGCUCUGCUGCUGCUGCUGCUGCUGCUGCUCUGCUGCUGCUGCAGCUGAUGAUACCGCGGCGCUCACUUCAUCACAGUCCUCUUGCAGUCACGGUGAAGCAGCCUUGGAUUCCUUCAGUGCUUGGUCGGGGCUGCGCAUCUGGACCUGAGAGUGUCCCAGGGACAAUUACGCGUCGUGGUGCUGCGCAGUACCUCUCCCUGCCCCCACAGAGGAAAUACUCACACCGGUUAAGGACAGUUUGUCUAUUUUUGACAGAAUGGCAGGCGCAGAGUGCCUUUUGAAAACGCCGAGUAACUUCCAGUCGUCUGCCAUGUUUGAAGGCUCCGAGGCCGUCGAGGUGGAGGGAGGCAGCACGCAGAGCACCGUGGCCUCGUCCAUCAGCGCCUGCAAGAAGGUGCUGUGCAGUAACAGUGUGCUGGACUCGUCAGAGUACUGGCUGAGGAACGAGAAAGCUCUGUGCAGACUGGGCCUGCUGGACGACGACACGGAGAGCAGCUGCACCAUGGUGAGUAGCACACUGUGGAUGAUGUUCACCCUCGUGGCUUAA